ACAUGGAAAUGUUGAGCUGCUCAACGGUUACAGAUACAACCACAGAAGACUCGAAAGGGCGAAAACCUCUGCGACUCUUUUGCAAGGUGUCUGCCGAUGGGAAUAAAAUCUGGAUUCUAUCUUAUCACCAUACCUACCAUGAAUAGGCCUCUAUCCAUUUUGGUUUGUGUUGUCUUUAUCUUCAACAGCCUCGCUGCAAAGAGCCACAGCCUCGAUGGGAGUUUUUCUUCGUAUUCGCAGCCGUCGGCGUUGACGCCGUUGGCAACGGACCAGAAUGAGAACGAAUUGGAACGUGGAGCACUGAAGAAAAACGCCACUGUGACAACAACGACGUAUGGAAAGGGAGUUCCAUCGAUUCAACGUGGCAAUGUCGUCAACAACGUCCCAUUUUGGAAGCAACAGCUCCCGUUCCCACUGAACAACAAGACCGACACGCUGCGCCGCAUCGUGAUUCCCACUGACGAUCACCGACAAAGCUACUAUCCUCCUAGCAGCUGCGAAGUGGAAGUGUUCUUGCUUGGAACAGCUCACGUGUCGAAAGAUUCCUCUCGCGAUGUUCGUCUGCUUCUUGAAUCAGUGAAACCAGAUGCAAUCUUUUUAGAACUCUGUCAUCAGCGUUUGAAUUUGCUGGAACCACCAAACGAGGAGGACCGCGCACAGCAGGAACAAGAGAAGAAGGGACCGGAAUCAAGCAACGAAUUGAAAGAAAAUGGGGGGUUCCUAUCGAAAUUGCGUGGCAUGCUCCGCCGAGGGAAAAAGAGUGAAAGAAGUGAAAACAAACGCGUCGACACUCGGUCCUUGUCUUCCAUAGCUUCUUCUCUGCUGACCAACAUGCAGGGAGACUUUGCCGACUCUUUGGAGGUCGAACUGGGGGGAGAAUUCGUUGCCGCCUAUCAAUACUGGAAAAACACUGUUCCACGCGAUUUUGGCAACUUUCGGAGGGUUGAACGCAAAAAAAAUGUCCAUAUGAUUCUUGGAGACCGACCCGUGUCGUUGACAUUGACGCGGGGUUGGGAAAGCCUACGUGUUUGGGGGAAGAUAAAAUUGUUAGUUGGGUUACUGAUUUCGUCGCUACGAAAACCAAAUCCCGACGAACUUCGAGAAUGGAUGGAUAAAAUACUUAACGGAGAUAGCGAUCUCAUGUCAGAGUCCGUGGCCGAGCUGGCAAAGCAUUUUCCUACUCUCGCAGAGGUCGUAUUAAAAGAACGUGACGCAUACAUGGCUUGUAAACUCCAGCAGACCUGUUGGAAACUAUUGAGACAACACAGUGUACAUCAUAAAAGCCAACGACGAUAUCGCCUUGUAGCAAUCGUGGGAGCUGGUCACGUGGAAGGAAUUACGAGGUGGUUGACAAAAGGUGGAUCUCUGAAGUCAUUAACCACAGUACCAGAAACGACAGAUUCGACAUUGUUGUCAAUGAGAUCCGGUGAAGCUCAACUGACACCUGGAUCGCCAGCUGACAUUUUAUCAAAACUCGUACAAAUCAAGGCAAGCAUAGAGAAGGAAGACCAUGAUUAUUUGGUACAUGAACUGACAGAGGUCAAUCCGAGUUUCAUCGACGAACUUGACGGGGAGGAAACACGAUAGAAAAAGACGUUCAUAUAAUGUAAUGUUUACAAACAAAUGUCACGUGCAAACCAAAACUGAACGUAUUUGCGCAGUAUGCCUCAAUUUGAUCAAAACCUUACUGCUUUGGAUGAACACAAAACGCCAUUUAGUUCGCGCUGCGUCACAUGCAUCAAUUGUAACUUCAUAAUUAAUCGCAUAAGACAAU